AUGCUGCUGAUUCUUUCUCUUCCAAUACUAGUAAUUAUUUUACCUUCUCUUUUCUUUUCCACGAGAAACAAUGACAGUGUUCAUCCCCUUCCACCCUCCCCUGCUAAGCUCCCCAUCAUCGGCAACCUCCACCAACUCACUGAACUCCCCCACCGCUCCCUCCGUUCCCUCUCCGACCGCCACGGACCCCUCAUGCUCCUCCGUCUCGGCAGUCUUCCAGUUCUCGUCGCCAGCUGCCCUUCCGUGGUUCGUGAAAUCACUCAAACCCAUGAACACCUCUUUGCUAACCGAUCUUUCCUUAAGGCAACCAACGUUUACCACGGCCGCGACAUCGCCUUUGCCCCUUAUGGCGAAUACUGGAGGGAGAUGAGGAAGAUGACUAUCCUCCACCUUCUUAACAACAAGAAGGUGAAGUCUUAUAAGCAGGCGAGGAAGGAGGAGGUGGCGUUCAUGAUAAAGCAGAUUGAGGGGACGACGGUGAUAGACAUGUCAAAGUUGUUUAAUGCGCUCUCUAGGGAUGUUAUAAGUCGAGCUGUAUUCGGUGCAACAACAAGGAGAAUAUGGUGGGGGGACAGUAUGAGGAGUCUCAUAAGUGAUAACUUGAGUCUGAUGGGAGAGUUUCAUGUUGGUGAUUAUAUACCAUGGUUGGGAAAAGCAGUGGGGUUUGUAAGCAGAUUUGAGAGGAGAUUAAGAAAGACGUUUGAGAGAACAGAUAAGUUGCUUGAAGAAAUAGUGAGGGAGCAGCGUAGGAUGGGAAUGGAGAAGAGGCAGCAGGAAGGAGACGGUGAUGGCGCUAAUGAGUGUUUUCUCCAUGUUUUGUUGACUGUGCAGGAGGAGAUGAAAUGUAGGGGUGUUGUUUUUGAUGAUACCAGUAUUAAGGCUAUCACUAAGGAUAUGCUCAUUGCGGGAACAGACUCAACCUCCAUCCCCAUGGAAUGGGCAAUGGUCGAGCUGCUUCGCCACCCAAUCGCCAUGAAAAAGCUCAAAGAAGAAAUAACCAAUGUCGUCGGCUGCAACGAGACCGUCGUUAAAGAAGAGCAAUUAGCAGAGAUGAGCUAUCUCAAAGCAAUAGUAAAAGAGGUUCUCAGGCUUCAUCCACCAACUACCUUAAUAGUACGUCGCUUGCUCACAGGAGACACAAUUAUCAAAGGCUAUAGAAUCCCUAAAGGAACAAUGGUGUUCAUCAAUGCUUGGGCUAUCGGAAGGGACCCGAAGAUCUGGGACUCGCCGGAGGAGUUUCGGCCGGAGAGGUUCAUUAAUGGCGAAGGGAGGGAUUUAGGGUUUAUUAAUCAUGGAUUUCAGCUGUUGGCGUUUGGUGCGGGAACGAGAUCUUGUCCUGGAAUUCAGUUCUCUGUGAGUUUGAUUGAGCUCGCCAUUGCGAAUCUGGUGCAUGUUUUUGACUGGAAGCCGGCGAAGGGGGAGGUGAAAGAUAUUGAUAUGGGUGAAGUUUAUGGACUUACUACUCGGAAAAGGGAAGCUCUUCUGCUAAUUGCAACAAUGAAAGCUCUACAAAACUAGGGACAAAUUUAAGGAAUUUUACAUACAUACCGGCCAAUUUUUUUGUCUUUACGUUAUGUUUUGCAUCUACACCGCCUGAAUGUUUCAUAUCAUAUUAAAAAAAAAAAUCACUUUUUAACUUUUAAAAAGUGAAAUUUGAAUUUUCAUGCCUAGAAAAGGUGUUGUAUUAUGGGUUAGAUAUGAAAAUACGUGGGAAUUAAGUGGUAUAUAUGGAUGUAAAUCUUUCAAAAUUUAAAUGAUGGGGAAUGGAUGGAUUGUAGGGUGAACUGUUGUAUUACAUUGUUGAAGAAA